UCGACUACAAAUACCCGCCAUCGGCUUCCGUCUCCGUCAGGCUCAUUCCGCCCGAACCAUAUUUCACACCAUGGCUCGCCUGGCAGCCACCGCAGUGCUCCUGCUCUCCCUGCUAGCCCUCGCCAACUGCCGCGUCCUUGAGGCGGAGCCCGAAACCGUCGUCGCAAUCUCCGACGAGCAGCAGGGCCAGGCCGAUCCCGCCGUCCUACAGGAGACGGACGCUGCUGAGGCGAUUCCGAGUCUUCCGACCGUCACGGUGGCUGAGGGCGUCCUCCGGCUCCCCUCCAACCGCCGCCCCUGCCACCACGGGUUCCUCCACCGUCUCAUCCGUUGGGCACGCCACCACGGCGGCCUGUCCCACCGCCGCAGCGCGUUCGCCGGCGCUGGCGAGGCCCGUGUCGUCCCUGCCUUCUUGCCCGAGGAGCCCAGGCAGGCGGAGCUGGAGGCUGUCGCGGAGCCUGACCCCGACACGCGCCCAGACACCGACGGCGAGCAGAAGCCGUUCCAUGGCGAGGAGGAGGUGGAUGGAGAGGAGAACGAGUCGGUGAAGGCGUGGAAGAGGGAGAUGCUGAGGAGGUUCCGCGCCCACGGCCUCCACUUCCACCACCUUCACCACCACCAGGAGCAUGCCGCCGGGGAGAACGACGACAGCGACGUCCAGGAGCAGCAGAACAAGGCAGAAGGCGUAGCAGCCGUGUACGCCAAUCUGUUGAGCCGCCAGUUCCACCAUUACCACCACGGCGACCACCAGGAGCAGGAGAACAAGGAAGAAGGCGCGGCGGAUAUGCAGCGGCAGCACGUCAAGCUGUUUAGCCGCCACUUCCACCACCACCACGGCGAAGAGGAGCAGGAGCAGAAGGACAAGGAACAAGGCGCGGAGCGCGUACCCGUCGAGCUGCCGAGCCGCCCCUUCCACCACCACAACCACGGCGACGAGGAGCAGGAGGAGACGGCGAGGAAACACUUCUUCCACCACCAUCACCACAUGGACAGCGCGAACGAGGUUGACGAAGUCGAAGAACUGGCAAGGAAACUGAGCAAGGCGAUCAUGAGGAGGAGCUUCGGCCGCGGCGGCAUGCGCCACCACCACCACCACGGCCACGCCGAGGAGGGCGGCGUGAAGAAGUGGUUCAAGGGCGUCAUGAACAUGAACAGGUUUUAGCUAGGCGGGGUGUGCAAAUCGCCCGCGCGCGGCUGGUUGACUUGUCGUUUGAUUACUUUAGUCGAUUUGUGCACUGCGCCGUUUGCAGUGGACAACUCUACCAUUUCGUUUCCUGUUAUAUUCCACAUCCCACUACGUAUAACUUCGGUUUAUGUACUGGUGUGCUACUUCCUUGCUUGCGAGGCUUGUGAGAUCGUACGAGUAGCAAUGUGAUUUGUUUCUCUCCA